CUGUGGUCCUGAAAGAGCUACUCAAGGGAGCUUAUCCGGGAAAGGAGGUACUGAAGACACUUGGGAAAACAGCUUUAGUGGAGGCACCAGCCCGAGGGCGUCCUGGUGGUGCAUCAGAACUUCAGGAAGGAGUGGAUAGAAUAAGUAACAGCCAGGGUAUCCAGACUAAGAGCAGGCACUAGGAGGUAGCUACCGGCUUACAUGGAUGGCUGAAAGCAUCCCCUGCUUCCCACGAUCUGCCUGGUUAGGGUGGACUUGGCUGCUUUGACUGUCCUCCAGAAUACAGGUUAGAGUUUAAUCUUGGAACUCCACUGCCUAAGAAUCUAUAAAUGGCAAAAAUGUACAUGAAAUCCAAGGAUAUGGUGGAGCUGGUCAACACACAAUCCUGGAUGGACAAAGGUCUAGGCUCUCAAAAUGAGAUGAAGGAGCAAGAGAGAAGAUCAGGCUCUUAUGGGAUCCUUGGAACCUUAACUGAAGAGCAUGACAGUAUCGAAGAAGAGGAAGAAGAGGAAGAAGAUGGAGAGAAACCUAAAAGAAGAGGUCCCAAGAAAAAGAAAAUGACCAAAGCUCGCCUGGAGAGGUUCAGGGCUCGAAGAGUCAAGGCCAAUGCUAGAGAACGGACCCGGAUGCAUGGCCUGAAUGAUGCCUUGGAUAACCUUAGGAGGGUCAUGCCAUGUUACUCUAAAACCCAAAAACUUUCCAAGAUAGAGACUCUUCGACUGGCAAGGAACUACAUCUGGGCCUUGUCUGAAGUCCUGGAGACUGGUCAGACACUUGAAGGGAAGGGAUUUGUAGAGAUGCUCUGUAAAGGGCUCUCUCAGCCUACAAGCAACCUGGUGGCUGGAUGCCUCCAACUAGGACCUCAGUCUGCCCUCCUGGAGAAGCAUGAGGAAAAAUCUCCAAUUUGUGACUCUACUGUCUCUGUCCACAGCUUCAACUACCAGUCUCCAGGGCUCCCCAGCCCUCCUUAUGGCCAUAUGGAAACACAUCUUCUCCAUCUCAAGCCUCAACCACUUAAGAGUUUGGGAGACUCUUCUUUUGGGAGCCAUCCACCUGAUUGCAGUACCCCCCCUUAUGAGGGUCCACUCACACCACCCCUGAGCAUCAGUGGCAACUUCUCCUUGAAGCAAGAUGGUUCCCCUGAGUUGGAAAAAUCCUACAGCUUCAUGCCACAUUAUAACUCUGCAAGUCUAAGUUCAGGGCAUGUGCAUUCAACUCCCUUUCAGGCUGGCACUCCCCACUAUGAUGUUCCUGUAGACAUGACCUAUGAUUCCUACCCCCACCAUGGUAUUGGAACUCAGCUCAAUACAAUCUUCACUGAUUAGGCCUGUAAGAUAAGCACCAGCAUUUCAGAGAAUGAGGUAGAGAUAUGUUCCAUGUUUCUAGUGGCUGAGUUAAACCCUCAAAGAAUUUAAAAGAACCCUUUGGAUGUACAUAAAACAUAAUGGCCCUAGUCCAUUCAGAACCUCCUAUUCCUACCAACUUCCUUCUCAUUAACUUCUCACAUUGUACCGAUUCCUGUAUUUGGGAUCCUCAAGUGAAAAUAUUUGAUGGUUUACGUUCACAUGGGAAUAGAACAGAAAACCAAGGCCCUGAUCCAGUGGUGCCAAAGACUCAUUGGAUGCUAU